AUGUGUGUGAAAUGCUUUGAUACAGUAAUGUUUUACUAUGUGAUUUUAGUGUAUUGAGUGAAUGUCACUUUUAAAAUUUUUGAAUUUCCCACCGGUUCCGUCCCCCGUACGUCCCGACGCUCGCAGGGACCAGAAGCCGACAUUGGCUGGAGGAGAUGGCCGGGGACACUGCAGGGGGGACACCGUGGGAACGAAGGACAAGGUAAGAGAAGUACAGAUCCUGGAGCAGCGCUGCAAGGUAUUCCCGAGUAUAGCUCAGGGUUACCGCUUGUGCUACACUCAGGAAUACCGCCAGGGAGGU